GCUCACGAAUUUACUUUCUCUAUUUGUUCUUUUCAGCGACCGACAAUAGCUUUUUAGCAACGACGCGCAUUCUAGCCCUACGUAACUUUGCUCUUGAAAUUAGGGAUUUUGUUCACACAUUAGAUAUGAUUCCACGACACUGGACCUGAAUGUAAAAGCUGGUCCUUUGUCUACACGUAUUGGCGACUCUGUGUACGCGAUUUUUGGAACGCUAGCGACGUCAACAUAGGCUACUUUCUUUUCGUAUCAACUUUAUUUUUACCGACUGUUCUUACUUUUGCUUUAGAAUUCAGAAGAUUCGCCGGACUUCUUACUGAAGACAAACAUAUUUCAUCAUGUCGGCCCAAGGGCUCCCCGCGCAUAUUUUAACCCUGUUCGGGCCAAGACCACCAGCGGAACCGCUUCCGCCCAGCACCACAUGCCAUCGUAUAAAACGCGGCAUGACGGGGGUCGCAGACUUCAUGGGCGAGUUCGAAGACACGGAACCACCAGCAAAGGGCGUGUAAAAAAAUUUUUUUUUGUUUGCUUCUAUGUCCCCAGCAUUGAUUGGUUUAGAGUGUUUCCUUUAGACCUUCUUUACUGGCACUUGUUGGAAACUGUGCACGACGCUGACGGGCUCUUUUGUUGUACCGAGAUUAGUGGGACGGAACAGAACAUAUGCGCCAACAGCGGUAUGGGACCAGAGACGCAAGCAUUAGUAUGGAACAUGAAUUUCCCCAAUUACUACACAGCUACGAAGCGCCCCGGGACAUGAAGCUGCGCAAGCUCAAGGAAAAAUUCGAGAAUCAUUUGAAAAAGAUAGCAGAUCUGAGAAACGAGUACGAUCCCAUGAACAUCAAAAACGCGACCGACGACCCACUAAAAACCGUGUUUGUGGCACGAAUUUCCUACGACACCUCGGAGAAGAAGCUGCGCCGCGAGUUCGAGCAAUACGGGGCUAUCCACAAGUAUUUAUUUCGCGACGAUAGUUUUUGUUUUCUACGCAGUAUUCUCUAAGCUCUUAAGCAGACAUUUACUCGCAGAAAACUCGACAGUGCCCAGACAGUAUCUCGCCCACCUAGAGGCGAGCACACAUGUUGUUUUCUACGCCGCUGGUCUCAUCAUGUCAUCGUGAUGUAGCUUCGUGCUAGCUUUGAUUUUUUUAUCGAUGUAAAAAUCAUCAGGAUCAAGAUGGUCUUCGACACGAAGUCUGGCAAACCCCGCGGUUACGCUUUCAUAGAGUACGAAGACGAGCGUGACGCGAAGAAAGCUUACAAGGACGGCGACGGCCGCAAAAUCGAUGGGCGAAGGGUCAUGGUGGACAUCGAGCGAGGAAGUAUUUUGGAUUUUUUUGUCCAUACCUUCACGCGGCUUAUGUCGGUAGAUCAAUAUUUAUUGUGCACAAAGUGAGACACCAGCAGCACUACACGAGCAUAAUAUCCUACCAAGAAAAAAUAAAAGAUUAUUUAUCAUGUUCUUUCCGCAACAAAUAACCUGCAGGAACAAGCGAAGGGUGGUUUCCGCGCCGACUCGGUGGCGGCCGCGGCAGCGGGAGAAAACCGAAGGGCGACAAGGCCAAGAAGCUCGCUGAGCUCUCCAAGGGCGGCGACGACAAGGAGAAGGAUCGCGACCGCAAGCGCGACCGGGAGCGGGAACGGGAUCGCGACCGGAAGGAGAAGGACGGGCGCGACCGCGAGCGCGACCGAGAGCGGGAGAGGGAGAGGGAACGACGCGACCGCAGCGAGUACGACGCGCCGCGGGACCGCGAAAGGGAAAGAGAGCGCCGGGGGGACGACCGCGACCGAAGAGGGGGUGGAGGUGGAGAUUACAAGCGGGGUCGGGACGACCGCGAAGAUCCCCGGGACGAUAGGAAGAAGAGAAGGCGGGAGGACUGAGGCCGCUGUGUUUGUUGGAAAGAACAAAUUUGAAACGGAAUUUUUCUUUUCAAACAUUGAGUACAAGUUUUAUUUUUCAAACACUAACGCACACACGGAUGUCGUGACCACGGAGGAUCCAUGAUGUCAUAAUCUAACGAAGAUCUGUGCCGAGUUAGGUUUGUUGGCUCGCGACAAUGUCCGAAAGAACGGAGAAAAGAAGCGGAUUUUUUCUUCGCCAGACUCUCGCGGUCUUUACGGUGCAGACCUCAACGCUCAAAGCUACGAUCACUGUUUUCGCUUGUCGGCUGCAUGAAAUUUUUAUCUGGUUCCGAAUCGCC